AUGGCUAUGGAGUUCCUCAAUUAAUUCAUUCUUUCUUUUCCAACCAAAACCAGUUAACCAACUCUCCUUUUCUCCCCCAAGAAUAUUCAACCAAAAAAAAAAACCUCCAUUCUUUCUCUUCUUUCUGUUUGAUACUUGGUUGGUAGGGUCAGGACCUUUCUCGCUGAGGGCAUCCGAUUUUAAAGUCCAUUCUUAUUCGUAAACCGAAAAUAUACCAUUUCCCAGCAUUGCAAGAAAUCAUGGUCGUUCUACCAAUAAAGAGAGAAAGAGAAGGAGAAUUUCGAACCAAUAUAACAACAAUGGCAAAUUACUUGAUGCUUUUUUCUAGCCAAGAAAAUCAUUUUGACACAAUCAACAAUUCUCCUAGUCGAGUUUUCGAGUGCAAAACUUGCAAUAGACAAUUUUCUUCAUUCCAAGCUCUUGGAGGUCAUAGAGCAAGUCAUAAGAAGCCAAGAUUAAUGGGAGAAUUGAAUUUUCAUCAGUUGCCAACAUCUCCACCUAAACCAAAAACACAUGAGUGUUCAAUAUGUGGGGUUGAGUUUCCUAUAGGUCAAGCUUUAGGUGGGCAUAUGAGAAGGCAUAGAGGUAUGACAAAUGAAAAUAGUAUUCAAGUUCCUAAUCAUGUUGUAAAGAAAUCAAAUAAUAGUCGAAGAGUUUUAUGUUUGGAUUUGAACUUGACGCCAUUGGAGAAUGAUUUAGAGUUCAAGUUGGGAAAGUCAGCUCCUGUAGUUGAUUGCUUCUUGUGAUUA